AUGAUCCUCUCGCCUGUUUCCGCCCUGGCGGCUCUCGGUCUAUUCAUCGUCUGUCUCUAUCGAUAUAUCAUAUAUCCAGUCUUUCUGUCGCCGCUUGCGAGGAUUCCAAAUGCACACCCCACAGCCCCAGUAUCUUCGGCCUGGAUCCUCUGGAGACGUUUCAAGGGUCAGAAUAACCGGACGAUCCAAGCUCUCCAUGAGAAACUGGGUCCAAUAGUCAGGCUUGCACCGUCAGAAAUAUCUAUUAACACCGUCGACGGAGGCAUCAGAACUGUAUAUGCUGGCGGUUUCGAGAAACAUGAGUGGUAUCCCAAUGUAUUCGGGUCUUAUGGUACCGUCAGUAUGUUCACGAUGACUGGGAGCAAAGCCCACUCUGCCCGGAAACGGAUGCUGUCCAACAUCUACUCCAAGUCUUAUCUACGGUCCUCGCCGCAGCUGAAAGUCAUAUCACACACAGUGAUAUAUGAUCGCUUGCUUCCAAUUAUACAAGAAGCUGUCUAUUCGAAGCUUCCUAUUGAUUUCCAUGAACUCAAUCAAGCGCUAACGAUGGACUUCGUCUCGGCGUAUCUUUUCGGCCUCCGCAACGGUACGAACUUCCUUCAGGACGUUCCCAGACGGAAGUACAUGCUUCACGUCUACCAAUGCAGAAAGCCUUUCGAAUUUUAUCAUCAAGAAGUCCCAAAUCUAGUAACCUGGACUAGAAGACUGGGAAUUCCUCUGAUUCCGAAAUGGUGUGACGAAGCGAAUGAAGUCAUGGAUGCUUGGGGUCUGGACAUGUGCAACAAGGCAGACGAGUAUCUUGAAGCAACAGACCCGGAGUCUGAACCAACGGUAUAUAAGCAGUUGAAGCACUCCAUGGAGAAGCAGCUUCCUUCCAAAGAAGCCGAUAAUGUGGCCUACAGAGUGGCCUCAGAGAAACAGCGCCUUGACAUCGCCUGCGAGAUGUUUGAUCACCUCACUGCGGGCCACGAAACUAGUGCAGUUGGUCUGACUUAUUUGUUCUGGGAGAUGUCGAAGCGCCCUGACUUACAGAAAGAACUUCGGGAGGAACUUCUGACUUUGUCUCCCACCAUCACAUAUCCUACGCAGUCAUCGACCACCCCUGAACUUCCCUCACCAAAGUCCAUCGAGGCAUUGCCACUCUUGAAUGCGAUAGUUACAGAGACAUUGCGCCUCCACGCUCCGAUUCCUGGCAUUCAACCUCGUGUAACACCAUAUCCAGCUUGCACUUUAGUCGGAUAUGACAAUAUACCUCCCAACACAAGGGUAAACGCUCAAGCUUACUCCCUCCAUCGGAACCCAGACGUUUUCCCUGAUCCUGAAACAUGGCAGCCAAAACGAUGGCUCAAGCCAGCAGAUUCACCGGAACUCGAAGAGAUGAGACGGUGGUUCUGGGCAUUUGGAAGUGGUGGUAGGAUGUGCGUCGGAAGUAAUCUGGCCCUGCAAGGUAACAAUACGCCCAGCUGA